CCUAGGCCGGGCAGUUAGCGAGGGCGUGGCAUCAAGUGGAUCGGGGAUGCGGAUCUCUUUUUUUCCGAUUCAAGGGAGCUUGGACCACCCAAUGCUUUCGCCCUGGAGGAAACCGUGGAGUCUUUGACCCAGGAGUCGCAAGCUGCUACGUACGUCAAUUAGACCAGAAAGUCCGCCAUCCCAUCUCGCGAACUUGAAGGUUGCAAAGCGGUUUGCAGUUGAACCAUAACGAUUCCCCACGACCACAUUUCGGAUACAACUCUUCUAUUGUCCAUUACGAAAGGACGAAAGCAACGACAAGUAGUGUUGUUUGUUGAAUAACACGAGUUCCCGUUUCAGCCAUGGCAUCUACGAGCAAACGAGACGACUAUGCCAACCCUCCCUUGCCUGACGACGACUUGAUUGAUCCUGAUGAUGCUGAUCUAGAUGACUUCGACGACCCUCUCGGCAACACAUCCUCACGCCAGCCACUGACAGGCAACAUCGGCUCGAGCUCCUCCUCCUCCUCGCGCCCGCUCAACGAGAACGCCUGGACGUCACGCAUACCGGGUGAAGACCGCGCCGCGCCGCAAAACACAAUCGACGAGUCCGUGUGGGACACGCUCCGCCGCGACCUCCUCGCCGUCUGGGCCAAGAUGAGGGAGGUGCUGUACCCCAAGUACCUGCUGGGCGGCACCAUGUUCGACGCCGACGGCCUGCGGGGCGCGUACGCCAACAUCCGCGGCGCGGGCAUCUCGGGCGCGCGCGAGGAGCUGACGGGCCUGGCGAGCCGCUUCAUGGACUCGGAGGCGCUGCUGUCGCAGAAUAAUAUGACGCCUGGCCUGCGGGACUGGGAUCUGUGGGGCCCGCUUAUCUUCUGUCUGCUUUUGAGUCUCUUGCUCAGCUUCAAUGCGAGGGCGGACCAGAAGGAUGCCGUGUUUAGCGGUGUGUUUGCCAUGGUUUGGAUUGGGGAGGCUGUGGUGACGUUGCAGAUUAAGCUGUUGGGAGGAAGCAUCUCUUUCGCGCAAAGCGUCUGCAUCAUAGGAUACACGCUCUUCCCCUUGGUGAUUGCGGCACUGCUCUCUGCCUUUGGCAUCCCGACCGUUGUCCGGGUCCCUGUGUAUCUCGUCCUCGUCGCAUGGUCUCUGGCGGCAGGCGUCAGCAUCCUGGGCGGCAGUGGUGUGGUCAAGAACCGCGUGGGAAUCGCCGUGUACCCGCUAUUCGUCUUCUACAUCGGCCUGGGCUGCCUCUGCUUCAUCAGCUGAGCUGCGACGACUAGGUCGCGAGUCGGAGCAGGAGAUCGAGGGGUCUGAGCAGGUUGAGAGAUGUACUGUAUACGUGGCCUUGGCUGAGGACCUAAGGCGCACACUGUAUUCUAGAUAUCCAUGUUGUGCUACUCAUCCUCGGGAUGAUGGCAGGCCACUGAAUGAGAAAUGGGCGUUUUGAUUUUCUGCUGUUAGUUUGGGCUGUUUGAGGACGAGAGUGUCCCGUCUCGCGAUAACCCUGUGUGUGCGCCGCCGUACCCGAAUUGUGUUUUGCCAAAUGUAUCUGGGAGGGGGAAGUAGUUUCCCAACGGAACAUGUCGUGUAGUGGGAAUGGUUAUAAAUUGGUCAUUUCGAAUACUAUCUAGUUGUAAGACAACCCAGGUCAUGAACCAAGGCAAGGACGAACGAUUUCUAGCUGCAAGCGGCGUCGGUAGUUGCCGCUAGAAUGUCAC